AACCCGAGGCGAACCCCGGAAGCUCGGUCGUUACCUUGCUGGUGGUCACUGUCAGUCAGUCCGUUAGAGCAAUGUGUUGCUGCUGCUGUAGGUACGGCUUCGUUGGAACUGAAGUUUAGCUCAAACGGGACUUCAAGAUGUAUUAAGACGGCAUUGCCAACGAAAUAAAUUAGGAAUAUUAAGGUCUCAGCCUACAUGCCAGCCUACAUACGUACUUCAUCCUGAAUGCUGGUCCAGGACGUACACACCACAGCAUGUUAUUGUGAGGAGAGAACAUAUUAGACGCCAGCCCUUGCUCUGACUUUGUGUGUGAUGACUCUGCAACAGAGUGACCCUGCAAAGUGAUCUGAGCAGGAUGACACAGAGGUUACUGCUGGUUGUGUAGGUCAGAGAGAAGAGAAGAAGAGUGAUAAGGAGAGGGGAGAGAUGGGGGACUAGUGGCUCUUGUGCUGUGCCCUCUGACUAGGAAGGGCAGACAGCUGGACAACCAGCUGGUGUGGCUUUAAUGGACCUCCCUUUCAUUGACCACAGAAAAAUCAAUACACCUUGAACUGGGCAAGAGCGGUUUUUGCCCUAUUAAGGACAACAGAAAAACAGUAUGCUGCUGGUAAUGCACGGACAGGAUGCAGUCUUCAAACCACCGACUGCGAGAUAUGGAGCAGCAUCACCCGCUGCUGUCGGCAGGUGCAGAUGUGGAGACGGGGAGCUUGGCAGCAGGGGUGAUGGUUGGUGGUCCCCACGCUGGCCACACCGCAGGGAACCGCACAAUGUGGUUCAUUCAGGACAGCUGUGGGAUGGUGUGUGCAGGCAUGACCUGGUUCCUGGUGCUGUAUGCUGAGUUCGUAGUGAACUUUGUCAUGCUGCUGCCCGGCAAGAACUUCUGGUACUCUCUGCUGAACGGGGCCACCUUCAACUCCCUGGCCGUGCUUGCAUUGGCAUCACAUCUGCGCACCAUGUUGACGGACCCGGGUGCAGUUCCUAAGGGCAACGCAACCAAGGAGUACAUGGAGAGCUUACAGCUGAAGCCUGGCGAGGUCAUCUACAAGUGUCCGAAGUGCUGCAGCAUCAAGCCUGAGAGGGCACACCACUGCAGUAUUUGUAAAAGAUGUAUCCGGAAGAUGGAUCACCACUGUCCCUGGGUCAAUAACUGUGUGGGAGAAAAGAAUCAGAGAUUCUUUGUACUUUUCACUAUGUACAUAGCUUUGAUUUCUGCCCAUGCCCUGGGCCUCAGUGGUAUGCACUUCUUCACCUGUAUUAAAGUCCAGUGGAACGAGUGCAGUGACUUCUCUCCAGGGGUGUCUGUACUGCUGCUGAUCUUCCUCUGUCUCGAAGCCGUCCUCUUCCUCACCUUUACAGCUGUAAUGUUUGGUACGCAGCUCCACUCCAUCUGCAAUGACGAGACGGAGAUUGAACGUCUCAAAAAUGAGAAGCCCAUGUGGGAGCGUCGCAUGAGAUGGGACGGAAUGAGAGCUGUGUUUGGGGGUCCGCCCUCCCUGCAGUGGUGCAAUCCAUUCACAGGCCUGCGUCUGCGGCGCCUGUUGCUGUUGAGCCAUGCUCGCCGCGGCGGGUCUGAGUUUUCUGUCUGAGAGCAGGGCAGACGGAUGCAGCUCGCCAACACUUGACCGUCUCUGAAGCAAGAUUUCUUGUAUGGCCUCCUCGGCGGCGGCUCGGAUGGACCUCUGCUCCCUGAGGCUGUCCUUCAUGUGUGGGUGACAGGGAGACAGGCUGCUCCAGUGGGACCCCAGUCAAUCACAAUCACCACUGAAAGUUUGUAUUCUCACUCUCACAUGCUGAUGUAGACCCAGCUCUUUGGUCUGCACGAGUGUGCUGAACAACUGGAAUAUUGUUUCGAACAUGAGCAGACGUUUUGGUUUGUUUGUGUGUUUUUAGGUAAAGCAUGCAGUAUGUAAACUCAAGUGGGUCUUUUAUUCCUCGUAGGUGCUGUUUGAACUCAAAUCAUGCACCCUCAGUACACAACUACAGCAUUUAGUUUAUUUUGCUGCACACAAGAUUGAAGAAUAGCGUUUGAAUCUGCAAUAUAUCUCUCAUCAUCACUGGAGACAGACAAGUGGAUCUAAAUGGGGGAAUGCUUGAAACUGUUCUGUUGGACCCAGACGGGAAGGGAAUCACAGUCAAGGACAUGCACUACUUACAUGGCACUCGAGAGAGAGUCUGGAUAUGGAGCACAGUGGACAUCAGAAGUGGAACUGUGCUGCCUUGAUUUGCAUGUAUAGCAGCUCAAUCAGUCAGCGUCUCAGCCAGGAAAUGAGGCUUUCACUAUCUUCAAAUCAGUGAACAGGCUGCUGUGAACACGAGCCUCAUUCUUAUUCAAGAGGACUGAGUGGUCUUGUUUCCUUCAUUGGGCUGGAGUUGUUGAUCCUUUAGGUUACUCGGGCCAGUGGAAAUUAUUUUUGUUUUUUAAAUUACUGCUGAAGCUUCUUUACCUUUUCAUCAGUGAAAACUCUUCAACAUCUGAACAUAAUGACUUACUGGAGACUACUUCAUUUAGAUAAAUAAAAAAAAUCUGCUUUUUUCGUACGUGUCCAUAAAUCUGCCAUUCCACCACUCCUACGUGCUGCUCCAUGUUUCAUUAUCGCUAAACGAUCCGUGACCCCCAGACCACUGUUAUGUUUUCAUAAAGAAGAGAUUCAGGUUGAACAACUUUGACUACUGAAAAGACAGAAAGUAAUUAAGUGUUUUACUCAUUUCCUCUAUUUUGGUAAACUGAAGGCUACUUCUGUGUAUAGUAGGAAUCCAUAUGCAAGAACACUUGGGUAAGACUUCAUAGCAUUUAAACUCUGAAAACAACGCUACAAACCCUUGAGACAGAGCCCAGUUUCAGACAAGAUGAGACAAUUUGAAAAGGAGAACAUAAACACUAGCACAACCUCCUUUUGGCUCAUUGUGAGCUCACUCUGAUCUACAGAGCCAAGCUCUAUUGUGCAGCCAGCCUGUAGAAUUAAAAAGGAGCUGCUUUGCUGAGGUACCAGGCUCAUUAUACAAGCUUUAAUACUGAACAAAGUCUCUGGGAGCUCAGCCGAUGCUUGCGAGACCUUUCCUACUUUACUCCAGAAAUGUCAGGCCUGUAACUUCUAGUGGCAGGACAGUAGCAGCUACUUUUUCUAGUGUUAUGAGAACACAUAUCCAUGCUUUCUUCUUUUUUUUUAUCAUUCAGUUAAGUGAAUUUAUCAGCUUGAAAAAUUGUCAUUAUUGCCAUAUUUAAGAAAGCGUUUUUCAUUUUUACUCUGCAUUAUUAAUGAGCCUGUUUGCACUGGAUGAAUGUGGCUUUUUGAAUCUAGAGGUUCAGUUCAUUUGCUGGCAUUGUCAAAAAAUAAUGUAAACUCUAGAUUCUCAAAGUCUCAGUUUUAUGGUGUGUUGGACAAUACACUGCUGUUUGCGAUCAUCUGUGGUUGUCCGAAGGAACUCCACUGUUUACACUAAAUGAUAUCAGAUGCUCUAUGGCUUUAAUGUUUUUCAGAAACAUGCUGUCAUUACAAUGUAAAACGUAUCUAUGUUGGGACUAAGGGACACAGCACUGAAACCUAACUCACAUCAGGGGAUUUUUAUUAACGUUGGCCUCUCAUUUUAUUCUGCUGGACUCAGCUAAUCUCAGCAACACUUUUAAGAUUAAAUGUUGGGACAAUAUAACUUUCUUAUUCAUGUCAUGCUUUCUCAAUAUUCAGCGUGGUUCAUUCAGCAAGUCCUGUGUCCUAACAUGCUCAAUGUUCCUUUUCUUUAUUUAUGAUGUGCAAAAUGAACACACACAGCAUAUCUAUAAAAAUCCUAUGCACAUAAACGGAAUAUGGAUUGUAUAGACGAAGAAAACAACAGGAAAUGUCAUGCUGUUUAGUGUGGCAGAUGCACAAAUAUGUUGCUCAUAAAGCAACAGCUGUUAGUAAAAAUAGUUAUGCCAAUAUUGCCAGGUAUUGGUGGCAAAAUUACAUUGAGAGCCAAUAGGCGGAAUAGUCUAAUAAACAAAAAAUGUCAUUAGACUAGCAGAACUUGAAGUAACAGUGGCAGGACUAAUACACUGUUAAACUUGUUGUGGUAUUUGUAGGAAGUAACAGGACAUCAGAGCUAAUUAUGGAUUGACAAAUCUUUUUGUGUUGAAUAUGUAUAUUUGAUGUUGACUGGUAUAAUUUGGGUAAGCUUGGUUGAUGUAUAAGUGUUUCACACUAGGAUGGUCCUGUUUAAUGGCCAAACUCGAAUGCUGGAAUCAGAAUGUCUUAAAUUGAGAUUCUGUUACAGGGUAUGUAGUUUUACAUUCAUACUCACCAACAAAAUCAAUGAAUUAAGAUUUUAAAGCGUUAUACCAGUUUAGUAUUUUGUUCCACCUCCUGCUGUAUGACUUAAGUUCCCAUGUUGACUGUAUGUUAAUAUUAUUAGCACACAGUCAACAUGGGGAGAGAAUUGUUUAUGCAAAAUUGUGUUAACCAAUACAACCAUAUUCUGUCAAUUGUUUUUCCCACACUAGUUUGCAGUUAAAGGGGAUUUGCGCAAGAAAAUGUUAACCAUUUUGUGAUGUUUCGUAAUGAUUCUUAACAGGAUGGAUGUUUGAUCUCAGAAUUACCAUUAGCAUUGCCAUUAACAGUUAUGAAAGAUUUUGUUUAAUACUCUCUCUGGGAGAAUGUUUCCUCAAGAACAAAAGUCCUUCCGCUUUAUUAACAAAGUAUAAAGGUUACUAUUGACAAUAUAUCAAUGGAAUGUUCUAUUCAAGUUUUUUUAAUUAAUGUGUCAUAAUCGUAUAAUGUCUUAUCUUUAAUGUCAUUCUUUUACAUAAUAAACUUGAUUAA